AUGGCGGACACGGUGCAGACGGUGCUGGAGCGCAUGCUCCCGGAGCUCGACAGCCUCGAGAAGCAGGGCCUCUUUACGCGCGAGGAGAUUAGAGAGAUCGUGCGCCGCCGCACCGCCUUCGAGUACCGCCUCAGGCGCCGCGGCAGCGCGGCGAUUAAGGACGACUAUAUGCGGUACAUAGAGUACGAGAUGCAGCUCGAGGCGCUGCGCCAGCUGCGGAGAAGAGACCCGAAUCGCCGCCAGGUUUUCCGCCAGCGCGCGGACGGUGUGCUGCGGCGCAAGGGAAAGCAGGGCAGCCGCGAGUGGUACCGGCGGCAGCGCGCGGCGGAGCGCGCGAGCGACGUGGCAGUGAUCAAGCGCGUGCUCUUCAUCUUCUCGCGCGCCACUCGGCGAUUCAAAGGCGACCUGGACUUGUGGAUGCGGUACCUCGACUUCUGCAAGGCGUCCGGGUCGAGACAGCAGAUGCAGAAGACCAUGGCACGAGCACUGCAAUUGCACCCUACGGAGCCGUCUCUCUGGCUCUACGCCGCAUCGUAUGAAUUCACGAACCGCAUGAACGCGCCUGCUGCGCGCACGCUGCUGCAGCGAGGGCUGCGCAUGUGCUGCCCGCAGCUCUCCGCUGGGGGGAAAGGGGGGAAGUCGGGGGGAGACAGGGGGAGCGCGGGGGGCGCAGGGGCCGCUGGAAAAGGGCCAAAGGGAGGGGCGGGUGUGGAGCGGGCAGGUGUGACGAUUUCCGAGGCUGGGAACAUUUCCAUCGUGCCUGCCCGGGUUUUGGAAGCGUCUCGUCUGUUGUGGAGCGAGUAUUUGCGCAUGGAGUUGGUGCAUGCGCGGAAGCUUAAAGCGAGACAGCUACUACUGGGGAUAGAGACUGAGGAGGGGGGUGGGCAGGGUGGGGGGGAGGGGGAGGGGGGAGUGGGGAAAGAGGAGGGGGGAGAGAAAGUGGGAGGUGGGGAGGGAGAAGGGAUGGAGCAGGAAGAGGAGGGGAAAGAGGGGGAUGAGGGGAAGGAGGGAGAGGAGGUUGGACUGGGUGAGGGAAAGGGGGAUGGUAAAGGUGAUGGCAGCCGUGGGAAGAAAGGGAGCAAAGGGAAGAAAGGGAGCAGCAAACCGGUUUCGAGUGAUGAGCUGGCAGUGCAGGUGGCGACUGUGGUGUGCCGCACCGCAAUCAAAUCAAAUCCCAAAGAUCUGCUGCUGCGCGUCGCGCUGCUGGAAGCCCUGCGAUUGGGCGGCGGACAAGCAGAGGCAGAGGCGGAAGAGGAGGAGGACGAGGAGGAGGAGGAAGUGGAGGAGAAGGUGGAGGAAGGUGAGAGAGAGCAGGAAGGGAAAGAAGGGCAGGAGAACGAACAGGGGGAGAAGGCAGAAGGAGAGGAGGAGAAGGAGGCUAAGGCUGCAGGCACGGAAGGGGGGCAAGGAGCAGAGCAAGGGGAGGAAGAAGGGAGGAAGGGGGGGCGGGCACGGAGGCGGGUGGUAGAGCUGAAGGGGUUGGGUGCGGUGGAGGAGGAGGUGUGUUGCGGGCUGGCAACUUCCUUCCCUGAGAGUGCCACGGCGCUUGAGUUGCUGGCUAGGCGGUGCUUGCGGCGGGGCCGCAGAGGGGCGGGAACGGAAGAGGAGGCGGAGCAGGCUGCGUUGAAGGUGUUUGAGGACGCUUUGGAGAGACAGAAGAGCGAGCAGCAGCCGUCCUCGUCGUUCUCGCCGCUGUGCUGCGCCUACCUCAACUUUCUCACGCGUCUGAUCACCGGGGGGAAGGCGUAUGGGGAGGAGGGCGAGGGAGGAGAAAUGGGAGAGGCGGGAGAGCGGGGAGGGGAGGAGCAGGAACCAAUGGAAUGCGAGGAAGCAGAGGGAGAGAGGGAAGGAGAGAGAGAGGGGUUGCCGUUGGCCGAUCUGGUGUGCCGAGCCAAUGCAGCCAUUGCUCUGGCGGAGGCUCGGGGGCUAGGUUCGGACGAGCCAAUCGUUGAGCGCCACGUGGCGCUACUGCUGCGCGCAGGGCGAGCUGGCGAGGCGCUAGAAGCUGCGAGGAAGGUUCUGGGAGCGAGCGGAGGGGUGGUGAUGCCAGGCCUGUGGGCUCUGGGAAGGGAAGCUGAGAGGAAAUUGCAGAGGGUAGGGAGAACGGUGGGGACUGAUGUGACAAAAGCAGCAGGAGGAGCAGCAAGAGGAGGAGGAGGAGGGGGAGGAGCAGUGGGAGGAGGCAUUGGGUUAUCAGGACCAGUGCACAUUGUGAAUUGGAGCCAUCCCAAGCUGGGGGAUUACUGGAUGCAGGUGCGUGUGCUGCAUGGGAUGGUGAGUGGCGGGGAGGGGUUGGAGGGGGGUUUUAGUCAUUCAGCCGCUUCAUCUCUGCCCCUCUAUUCUCCCUCCCUCACGCUCUCCUCCUCUCUCUUUCUCUGCUCCUCCCUCCUGCUCCUCCCAAAGCAGCAAGUAGAGGCAACGCCAAGCCUGGCAUCGCUGCAAGCCACAGUGGACUCGCUUAUCACAGCAGCAGCAACCAUCGUCUCUCCCACCGCUGGGGGUGGUGUUUCUGCCGCACCUGCAUCGUCCUCCCUCUGCGCCUCGCCUGCUGGCGCCAGCACUGAGGAGUCCUCAUCAUCAUCAUCACAUGCCAAGGGUCUAGUGGCAGCAGUGCAGUGUGCCGCCCUUGAGACUGCCAGGAGGCGCUUUGGCAUCGCUGCCGCCCGCCAGCUGUACGCCAGCUUCUUCUCGCUCCCAUUCGCCUCAGAGCGGCUCUUCCUGUGUGCCAUUCAAAUGGAGCGCGAUUGGCAGGCGGAGCAGAGCGGGAAGAGGGGGAGUGGGCGGGGGAGCGGUGGAGGGGGGGAAGGGCGGGUGGGGCGUCUAUUUGACUCGGCGUUGCAGCGAUUCGGUGCCUCCAGUGCUGAUCUCUGGCUUGCGUACUGCCAAUACGCGCUUGAGGUGAACGACACGGGCCUGCUCUCGACCAUCCACUGGAAGGCUCGGCACUCCCUGCCCGAUGCAGCUGGGUUCAUGACCGCUUAUCACCGCAUGGUGCACCUCUCGUCGUCCGCUUGA